ACGAAACUCAUGCCCUUUCUCUCUUUCUUGAAAUGUACAAAUAGAACUACAGACAUUCUAGGCCUCUUCAACGGUCUCUAAAACCCUAACCCUAAACCCUCACAACCCAAGAAACACGAUUCAAACAGCUCUUGCGAGUUCAAUGUUAAUUGUGAAUCGAAACACAACAACAUCUUCUUGAUCGGAACGAGCAGCGAAGUUAUGGAGAUCGAUCCGUCUCAAGGCCAGUCCCUGAAGCAAAAGGCCGAGACGUUACAGGGUCUUACAAAAGGGCCUUUAUCGUCUUCAAUCGCGAAGCUUUCGGGUUCUUCGAGGGGUAUACCUUCCGAUAAAGACUUCCAUUUCUACUACAACUUCGAUGAAUUCAAAGUUCCGAUAAAAGAAAUAGCUGAGAAAUCGCAAUCGAUGCUUGAAACAAUCGGGUCUUCGGCGCACGUUUGGGAGAAAGAUAUGACAUUCCCUGAAGAUCUGGAAGAAGCAUAUGAUUGGCUGGUGAAUGUUAACGACGAGUUUAUGGAGAGGUUUGAUGUGUCCGUGGACGAGUAUCAGCGAAUGCAGAAGAAAGAAGAGGAAACCGGUGUGAGAAUGACGAGUUCGGUGGAUUCUGAAAGUGGGUUUCAGUUGGUUUAUGGGAAGAAGAAGAAGGGGGCAAGUCAGGUGGUGGAGAAAUCUCUGGUUGAAGAAUCGAGUUCUUCAGCGGUGAAGGUGGCUUCUAGGGAUAAAAAGACGACGGGGACGAAGCCAAAGGUGCCAUUUCAUAUACCGACAAUCCCUCGGCCACAAGACGAGUUCAAGAUAUUGGUUAAUAAUUCCAAUCAGCCGUUUGAACACGUUUGGCUGCAGAGGAGUGAUGAUGGUUCCAGGUUAAUACAUCCCCUGGAGAAAUUAUCUGUUCUGGAUUUUGUUGAUAAAGAUGUUGGGGAUUUUGAGCCUGUAAAACCACCUCCGGUGGAGUCCACCCCAUUCAAGCUUGUGGAAGAUGUCAAAGACUUGAAGGAGUUAGCUGCCAAGUUGCGUGGCGUGAAUGAAUUUGCGGUCGAUUUGGAACAUAAUCAGUAUCGAUCCUUUCAAGGAUUGACUUGCCUGAUGCAAAUAUCUACUAGAACUGAGGAUUUUGUUGUAGACACGCUAAAGCUUCGCAUUCACAUUGGUCCUUAUUUAAGGGAAGUCUUCAAGGACCCUACCAAGAAAAAGGUCAUGCAUGGAGCAGAUCGGGAUAUAGUAUGGCUUCAAAGGGACUUUGGCAUAUAUAUCUGCAAUUUGUUUGACACCGGGCAGGCCUCAAGGAUGUUGAAACUGGAGAGAAAUAGUCUGGAGUAUCUUCUGCAGCACUUUUGUGGAGUUACCGCUAACAAAGAAUACCAGAAUGCAGAUUGGAGGUUACGCCCUCUUCCUGAUGAGAUGCUCAGAUAUGCGAGAGAAGACACACACUAUCUGUUGUAUAUUUAUGAUUUAAUGAGAAUCAGUUUGCUCUCAUCAUCUGUUGAGUCUGAAAAUUCUGAUGCUUUGCUGGAAGAGGUCUACAAGCGGAGUUAUGAUAUAUGUAUGCAACUUUAUGAGAAAGAGAUUUUGACGGAUAGUUCAUAUCUCUACAUAUACGGGUUGCCGGGUGCUGAUCUCGAUGCUCAGCAGCUUGCGAUUGUUGCAGGGCUAUGUGAGUGGAGAGAUGUCGUUGCCCGUGCAGAGGAUGAAAGUACUGGUUAUAUAUUGCCAAACAAAACUCUUCUUGAAAUCGCCAAAUACAUGCCUGUCACUCCCAGCAAGUUGCGGCGAAUGUUGAAAUCAAAGCACCCACACGUUGAGCGUAAUCUUGGUUCUGUUGUUGGCAUCAUUAAGCAUUCUAUUCAAAAUGCUGCUGCAUUUGAGCCUGCUGCUGAACAUUUAAAGGAGGGGCGCAAGGAAACUGCAUCUGAAGAGAACUUAGUGGUUUAUGAUGGACCAGAUGGCUUGCCUCCUUCUGAAGCUUCUGAAAGAUUGAAAAAUGCAGAAGGAAUGGAUAGAACUAGUGGCAGCAACACAGCACACAACGGUAUGUUUGGUCACCCACCGACAGAGGAGUCUAUGGAGCUCCAAAACAGUACUGGAGUUGGCAGAAGUGAACAGGGAGGCUUUGCCGAGCAUUCCGUAGAAAAUGGGAAUGUCAGGACUGAAACAGAGAGCUGUAGUGGUGGGCUUCCAAGAGACGGUAUCAAUAUUUCUGUGCAGCAUAGGGAUACAAAUGCCAAUAUUAGCGUGUCACAAUCAGUUACUGGAGCAACUGUUCAGGUCCUAAAGAGGCCAAGUCGUGCUUUUGGGUCGCUUUUGGGUAAUUCAUCAUUGAAGAGGAAGUUUGAUCCUAAUAAAAAAGAAAAGGAAGAGAUCAAGUUGGAGCAGAUCAAGUCUUCUGUGAACCUUCCCUUCCAUUCAUUUUCUGGAAGGGAUGAUCAAUUGCAACCGGUUGUAAAAGAGGCCACAAGAACACUAGAAAUUUCUGAUUGUGAACCCGUGGCUGUACCAUCCGCUAGCUCCAAUGCAGAAGACAUUAUAAGAUUGGAAGGUGAUGCAAAUGUUAAUGACCCAGUAAAGAUUGAAUCACAAACGACUAAUGAACAGUUAGAACACAGGGAAGACAACACUCUAGGGUCGUCUCUUGAAAUUGAUGAUAAUGAAGAGACUAUGUCCCUUUCUGAUCUAUCCUCCAGCUUUCAGAAGUGCUUCCAGUCAAUGAAUCAAACUGCAAAAGCCAGACUAGUUGAGAAGCCCCAACAACCAGAUGGCUUUUUGCAAUUGAAGCCAUUUGAUUACGAAGCGGCAAGGAAUCAGAUUAAUUUCGGGGAAGAUAGAAGUAAAAGUGAGGUGCAUGAGGCAGGAGAUAGGAAGAAGAAGAGUUCAGUUACAGGUAGGGUUCAGAAAGCUGAAGGGGCUGGAGAUUUUCCGCAGGGUAGAAGGCGUCAGGCAUUUCCGGCAUCUGGGAACAGAAGUGCGACUUUUCGGUGAAUCUUGUGGGUACGGGGAAUGUUGUACUUUGAAAUCCUAAUUGUUGAGAUAAAUAAAUAUAAAUUUGAAUUUUAAAUUUUUAAAAUUUUUUCUUGCAUGUAAUCCACCUUAAGAGCUCCAAUGCGGCUGUCAUUUUAAAGAAGUUUUGACCAUUCAGCUGCCAA